AUGACGACCACCAAAGUUGCUAUCCGCGAGGUCGCGGAAGGCGUCUGGACAUUUUCGUGUCCGUUUGCACGUUUCAACAUCUUCCCAGUCGGCGGACGCUCAACCGCCAUCAAGCUCCAGGAUGGCGGAGUCUGGGUGCUUGCCUCGACGCCUCUCACAGAGGACACGAAGGCAAAGCUAAAUGAGCUCGGACCGGUGAAGUACAUCGUUGGAGCAGACGCGGUGCACCACCUCUUCCUUGGUCCGUACAAGAAGGAGUAUCCCGACGCGAAGUUGAUCGCGGUAGAGGAAGCCAUUCAGAAGAAGACGAAGGAAGGGCUGACGUUUGACGGUUCCUGGGGAAAGGACCCUGAGGGCACGAAAUAUGGUUUCGAAGACGAUAUACAACAUCUUUACUUCUCUGGCUUCCGGAACAAAGAUGCCGCCUUCCUCCACCGCGCAUCCAAGUCGCUCAUUGUAGCCGAUCUGAUCUUCAACCUUCCAGCGACGGAGCAGUACUCCACGACAGGCUCGUCAGGAAGGUUCCCCAUUUUUGGAGACAUGAACCCGUUUUCAAGCUUCCAUAAGAACUUCCUUUGGAUGGCUGGUGUUGAUAAAGAAGCGAUGAAGCGCGACGCGACCAUAGUGUCCGGCUGGAAUUUCGACAGAAUCAUUCCUUGUCAUGGGGAUGUGAUCGAAACCAACGGGAAGGAGGCGUGGAAAGCCGCGUUCUCGAAGUAUUUCCAGUAG